GAAGUUGAGUUAAACGUAAACAAAAUCACGCCAAGUUUUGUUUAAACAGUUUAUUUAGUAAAUAUACAUAUAUAUUUUUAUUUUUGUUUUUUAAUUUUAAUUAAAUUGGAGAAUAACAUAUUUACUUUAUGGCAAAAACAAAUGGGGUUGUUAAAGAUGAAGAAGAAAUUUCAAAAACUGAUGCAACACUAAAUCAAAGAAACGCAGCUGCUUACAAACGAGCCAGUUUUCAUCCACCUGACGAAAUUUGGAAUAUUUUUACUGAGGCUGAAGAUUGCUGCGAUAUUAUUGGUUAUUUUAAAGUUUUGGUAAAAUCUUUAAACAUUGAUAGUAGUUUGCACGGAAGAGAGUUUUAUGACAUCCUAAAGUCUAAGCUUACCACCUGGAAAUGCCAAUCUCUAUGGGACCUUUUAAAUCUUAAACUUAAGCAAUCUGAAUAUGAACAAGGGAUUGUAGGGAAGGGUACACAAUGUCUUAUUAUUGGAGCUGGUCCUAUUGGACUAAGGACAGCUAUUGAAAUGCUAGCAUUAGGUUGUAAAACAGUAGUAUUAGAGAAAAGAACCGAAUUUACAAGAAACAAUGUAUUACAUCUAUGGCCAUUUUUAUUGACAGAUUUUCGUUCUCUUGGUGCUAAAAAAUUUUAUGGAAAAUUUGGAUCAGGAUCCAUUGAUCACAUAAAUAUUAAAACGUUGCAAUGCAUUUUAUUAAAAGUUGCUUUGGUCCUUGGUGUUGAAAUUCAUGUUGGCGUAACUUUCAAACAUUUGAUUGAACCUACUGAUGAGACCUCUGGAUGGAGGGCAUCACUUGAACCUGAAAAUCAUAUUCUUUCAAAGUAUGUAUUUAAUGUUUGUAUUGGAGCUGAUGGUAAAAAAAAUGUACUUCCUGGUUUUCCACAAAUUGAACUAAGAGGUGCUCUUGCAAUUGGUAUAACAUGCAACUUUGUGAACCAUAACACUAUUGAAGAAGCAAAGGUUUCUGAAAUCAGUGGAGUAUCGUGCCAGUUUAAUCCUAAUUUCUUUAAAAAUAUGGAAGAGCAAUAUGGAGUAAAGUUGGAAAACAUUGUAUAUUAUAAAAAUGAAACACACUAUUUUGUAAUGACAGCAUUAAAAGCAAGUUUGUUAAACCAUGGCGUUAUUCUUCAGGAUUUCAGUGAUCCUAAAAGUUUGCUUGAUCCAUCAAAUAUUUGUUCGGAAAAAUUGGUAGAAUACACAUUAUGUGCUGUUAAUUUUGCAACUAAUCACCAACUGCCAGAUCUUGAAUUUAAAAAACUUUCAAAUGGAAAAUCAGAUAUCGCUUUGUUUGAUUUCACAUCAAUUAAAAAAGCUGCAAAUGCUGCAAGAAUAGUGGAGAGAAAAAAACAAAAAUUGCUCUUAGCUUUAGUAGGAGAUAGCUUAAUGGAGCCAUUUUGGCCUACAGGAUCGGGUUGUGGUAGAGGGGUACUUAGUGCUCUUGAUGUUGCAUGGACAGUUUGCCAGUUUGCCAAAAAUGUUCCACCAUUGAUAAUACUGCGUGAUCGUGAGAAUGUUUUUAAACUUUUAUCUGGCGUCACUAAUGACCAACUGCAAAAGAACUACAAUGCAUUUACCAUUAAUCCACUUACUAGAUAUUCCGCCUUUGAUGCAAAGAAAAUUAAAAAUCUGAAUACUCUAAAAAAGCUAUAUGAUACUGACGAUAUUCAAAAUGCUGAUUUAACUGCAUCUAGUCCCCAUAGCCCAAGAUCACCCAAGAAAAUAUUUAGAAAUCAACGAUCUGGUGAUAAUAUAUCGCCACCUAAACUUGGUAAUCAAGCUCAUCAAAAUAAACAACUAAAAUCUAAAAGAAAAUCUGAUCGAGCAGAACUUAAAGAUCAAGCUCUUGUUGGUAAUACAAAAGCUUUUUGGGAAGAUCAUAAUAAGAAAAAUUUUGAAGAACGUGCAAAUGAGCAACUUUUUAAAAAAUCUAAAUCUAUGUCGAAAGAAGAAAAUAAAGAAAAUAAAGAUGAUUUAAUUGAAGACUUUGAAGAAAUUGAAAAUGAUGUUUUGGAGGAUGCAUCACCAAUAAAAAAAAAAGGUUUUGCUCGCGAUAAAUCAACACAAUUGAGAAAACAUUCCUCAAGCAAACUUAAAGGACAGGAUGAAACUAAGCAUAAAAUUUUUAAAAGGCGCAGUUUAAGUAAAACCUCAAAAAUAACAACAAAACAAACUUCUAAUUUAAGUUUAAAAGAAAAUGAAAAUGCAAAACAAUCAAUAUCUGCUAAACCAUCUCAAGUUCCAGAAGUUUCAAUAAAAGACAAAAAUAUUCCGGUUGAAUCAAAAGAACAGCCAAGGCCAGUUUCACCAAAAAACUUUUUUGAAAAAUGGGUUGAAGAUUUCCUAAUAAAAAAGAAAAAUGUAGAUGAAACUUCUCAAUCUGUUGCUUUUUCUAUUGAAACUGCUGCAAUGACUGUAAUGGUUGUGCCUCUUUUAAUGGAGUGUAGUAAGGCUACUCUUAGACAGAGUUCAGGAUCAAAAUUGAAGGAACUUAGAAGUAGUUUUAUAAACCCUAGCUCAAGUUCAAAUGAAAAAAAAGAGAUAGUUCAGAUAAGCAGAAAUACAAGCGUGAAAAGCACUGUUGCAAAAUACAAGCAAAUAGCAGAGAAGGAUUUAUCUCAUAACAGUUAUUAUGAUUUUUUGAAGAAAAACCGUGCCAAUUCACCUGACCAAGUUGAUGCAUCUACAAAUUUGUUGGUGGAAAAUGAUUUUCAAGUGAAAGAAAUUAUUGAUGUUGAAAAAGCUUUACUUGAUAAUAACAAUGAAGAAAAGAAACGAUCUCGGCUAACUAAGAAACCAUCCCACGAAUCGUUUUUUGAUCUAGAAAGUCCAUUAAAAAUGAUAUCUGCUUUGGAAAGGUUAUGUGAUUCUCAAACUCCAUUGAGUGCACUUCUAUUACUUCAAGUACUUUAUAACAUCCACAAGCGUAUUCAGAUGUUUCCAAGUGAAGACAAGUAUUAUCGUGUGUACACCAAAGGAAUGAUAUUUGAAAGAUAUGUGUGGAUUUUGGACGGAGCUGAAGCUUUUUUACAACUUUUAGGAUGGGUUAAAUGUGGUAAUUAUAUUGUGUUCUCGAAAAGUACUUCUAUUUUCCCUAUUGUAAAAGUGAUUGAAGAAAUUUUUAAGAAAAAGAAGCGUGCUCAAGUUGCAUAUUCUGGCUCAGUUCAAGGCUAUGUACGAAAACCUGUUUCAGUGAGACGCGCUUGUUCAAACCUUGAAUCAUUUACAGUUGAGGAUGUUGUAGAAAGUCACGUCUAUUCGGAAGACGUUGAUUCGGCGAUUGGGAGCGAUGAAGAGCUCGGGAAACCGCGGUUGAAGCGUUUGCAAUCUGCUCCUCACAUUUUGGGCGAGGAAGAGUACAUUGUUGUGGAUUUCAUUGGGGAAGAGACUUCAAGUAAAUUGAUGUAUUCGUUAGAAGAUAUCAAUGAUACAAAAGUUGAAGAAAGUAGUUUACAUGAAUUAGUUAUGAAAAAUUCUAAUGACUCGCAUGAUACAAAGACGGCUUUGUUUCACGAAAAAAAAGAAUAUUUAGUUUCUAAUACCUCUUCUUUAAACAAAAUGGUAGAGGAUGAAACGCCAUCAACUGUUGUUACUGACACUGAGCAAAAUGUAACCUAUACUAUACCAGUAAUUGUUCCACGAAGAAGUUUUAAGAAUGCUCCGCGAAAAAAGGUGUUUAGUGCAGGUAAAGGGUUAAAAAAAAAACAUAACAAAGAAUUACUUAACCCUAAUUUGCAUAACAGUUAUAACCUGCAACUAAUUGAUAAUAGCCAUGAUAUAAAGAGUGAUGGAUAUCAACUCAUUAACAAUAACCAAGUAAUAAACAAUGAAAACAAUCAAGAAGGCGAUAACGUGUUAUCUACUAGUCCAAUUGCCUUGUCUAAUAUUAAUGACUGUAAACAAAAUGUUGAUCAGGAUUUAAAUAAACUUGAAGAUAGAGGAAUUAAUAACUUUCAGCCCUCGAGUUCUUUAAAAGAGAAAUCUUUUAUUGAGAACGAAAAAACAAUUCUCACCCCAAACCUCUCAAGAAAAUUGCAAAACACAUUAAAUUCUGAAGAUCGCUCAAAAAGCAUUGUUGCUCAAAACAAAUUUUUAUUUGAUCUUCAAAUUGCCAAUGAGCUUAAAAAUAAAAUUACUAUUGAAAGGCCUGAACGGCCUCGAUCUACAUUAAGUUUAAACAAUUAUAACAUUGAUAAAUCGCAGUCAUCAAACUCUCUUAAAAAGAGUAUUAACGAAGAAAUACCGGUUGCCGGUAUCGUUUCUGGUACUCGUGCAUUAUUUGAAGGCGGAAAACAAAAGAACAAUGAUGAUCGAUUGUCUUUAAGAAGUUUUCAAGAAGAAGAAUUUAAAUCAUUUGGUACGCCUAGGCAAUCGAAAAAAAGUUUGAAUGAAGAUCAGCCAUCAUUUGCGGAAGAUCGACACGAUACGAUAAAACUUCCAGAACAAAAAAUAUUUAAUCAAAAAACUGAAUUGUCAACUACAAACGUUACUCAAAAGAAAUCGUCAAAAGACUUUUCAAUUUCAAACCACCAUUUUAGUUCUACAAUCGAUAAAUUAGAACUUCAUUCUCCCGCUGUCAAUAAAAUUGAAAAUGUUUCUGCUAAGAAAAAUAAAAAUAAAAAAUUGUUUUUACGUCGCCACAAAAAUGAAAAACUUAACACUCCUGAUAUAAUUCCAGUUAAUCAGUUUCAUGAUUAUUCCAAUGAAAAUGACUUUGAAGACACCAAAAAACAAGAGACGACAAAACGUAGUUCGGAAAGUGAAAUCAAAAGUUCUGAAGAAUUAACAGAUAUACGUUCUAUUUGUUCUACAGAUUCUGAUAUAAGUAUUAUACUAGGUGAAAUAAUUAAUCGAGAAUCUUUUUUGGAAAAAAAAAAAAAUAAAACAGGCUUAGGUUUUAAAAAGAAAAUAAAAUCAAAAAAUAUAAAAACUGCGCUAGUUGACGCGCCUAAAGUAAAUGAAACCAAAUUAGAUGGAAAUGCAGUUAAUGAUAAAUCACCGGAUUUAGAAAUGCCUGAAAAACCUGCGUUACAUAAUAUUCAUACAUUUUCAGACCCAAUAGAUUUGUCUAUCGGUGUAUCUAUUGAUGAUAAGAUUCAGAACCAGCAUUGUAAUGGACUGUUGCAGAAAAAUGUACGCUCCAAUAUUUUAAGUGCAACCCACAGUAACUAUUCAUUAGACGGUGUUUUGGCAAAUAGAGAUAACAAUGACUCAAGCUCACACGAGGAUGAAUUAGUUGAGAUGUUUGAAGAAGUAUCUAAACAUGCUUUGUCGGGCUCAACCAACGUUUUAAAUGAUCCUCAUAGCUUUGAAUCAUCGCAUGAAAGGAAGAAGAAAAAACGUUUUCUUUUUAGUUGGAAAGGAAAAGGAAAAUCUGACAAGAAAAAGCAUAAGACAGAAAAUGCUGGUAAACUACGUCUAUCAAAAAGUCUAGAAUUAUUACCAGGAAUUAAAUCUAGUUCAAAAUCUCUCCGUACAGAAAAAUCAAUUGAGGAUGAAAUAGUUGGUGAUGAGGUUCCUAAAAAAAGAAAAGGAUUUUUUAAAAAAAAGGUUAAGAAUGAUACUCAUUCGGAUAUGAUCGAUAGCGAUCGGAGUGAAAUAGAUUCUAUUGUAAACUGUGUAGAAAGACAUGAAUCAGAAUCUACAAGAGCAUUCAUAAAAGAAGAUCUCACGCGUGUAUCUGAUAGAACUAACGAAAAUAAUACAACUUCCAAAUCAAAUGAUCAAGUAAAACAUACAGUUUUUAUUCGAAAAGAUGUUUUUGUGGAAGUCAAAAAUUCCGACCAAACGGAGCUCUGAUUUUUAAAUUUAUACAUAGUUUUGUAACGCGCGAGAUAUGCGCGAGAUGUAUUUAUGAUUUUAAUACUCCCUUAUAUUGUUUUACUUUUUUGUA